GAUAUCGUAAUUAAUGAAAUCAUUCGCUUAGUUAGCCGUCGACAAUGCGUGUUGUGUUGCUCUGUGUUUUAAACCUCUUAAUCGGCUCCGAUGCCUAUUCCGACACAAAGAAGAGAAAGUUUCCAGAAAACUUCCUGUUCGGUGCUGCGACGUCGGCGUAUCAGGUCGAAGGUGGAUGGGAAGAUGAUGGUAAAGGUGAAAGCAUUUGGGACAGGUUCGCCCACAAGCAUCCUGAAGCGAUAGUUGACGGCAGAAACGGUGACGUGGCGAGCGACUCCUACCACAACUGGAGACGAGACGUGGAGAUGCUGCGGGAGCUGGGAGUGGACUUCUACAGGUUCUCCAUAUCCUGGCCAAGGGUACUGCCUAAUGGCUUCGAAAACAACAUCAACGAAAAUGGCUUCAAAUACUACGACGACUUAAUCGAUGAACUGUUAAAACACAGUAUUCAGCCUAUGGUUACCCUGUACCACUUCGAUCUGCCUCAAGAGUUACAAGACCUGGGCGGAUGGACAAACCCUCUAUCAGUCAACUGGUUCGAGGAAUACGCUAGAAUAGUCUUCAAAAGAUACGCCGAAAAAGUUAAAUUUUGGAUCACGAUUAACCAACCAAAUACAAUCUGCGUUGAAGGGUACGGGAGUAAAGCGAUGGCUCCCGCUAUAAAUUCCAUAGAUUCUGCGUACGAGUGCGUCAAGAAUGUGAUGUUAGCUCAUGCGAAGGCCUAUGAUGUGUAUAAGAAGGAGUUUAAGAAGAAACAUGAAGGAAACGUCGGUAUUGCUAUCGCAGUAAAUUGGUACGACCCCAUCACUAACAGCACUGAAAAUGCAGAGGCUGUCGAGAAAGCCAGAGCUUUUCAGCUAGGCUUAUACCUGGACCCAAUAUUUUCAAAAGAAGGAAACUUUCCGGUUCUUGUAAGAAAAAUAGUUGACAAGAAGAGCCAAGAGCAAGGCUACAGUACCUCGAGACUACCCAAACUUAGCUUUCAGGAAAUUCAGCUUCUUAAAGGAUCAGCAGAUUUCCUGGGCAUGAACCACUACACGACGUUCCUGGUCAAACCUAGUCAGCAGAAGUACCCGUCACCGUCCUUCGAGGACGAUGUCGGCGUGGAGUACUCACAAGGAGAGCAGUGGACAAAAGCCAAGUCCUCUUGGUUGAGGAGUGCACCAUACGGCCUCUACAAGGCGUGUAUCUAUCUCAACCUAAAUUAUGACUACCCAAAAAUCAUCAUCACCGAACACGGCUGGUCAUCCGAUCCUGGACUCAGGGACAGUAGUCGGGUUGACAACUUGAGGGGAUAUUUUGGUGCCUUACUCCUGGCCAUGGAAGACGCGACGCAGGUCGUGGGGUAUACGGCCUGGAGCCUCAUGGAUAAUGUGGAGUGGACGGCAGGAACCAGUGAACGUUUUGGACUUUACGAAGUGGAUUUCGAAUCGGAAAACAAGACGCGGAAAGCUCGCCUUUCAGCACUUGUCUUGAAAAAUAUUAUCGAAACCAGGGAGGUCAACUUAGACUGGAAACCAAAAAACCUGAAGAUUCACAUAACAAAAAAUGACAAGAAAAAUAACUAUAAAGCUGAAUUAUGAGACAGUAAUUAGUCAUUUGUCUACAAGAGUAUGAGAAGUUGGACGUAAAAUGAGAGUGUUUUUGUACCAUAAUUAUUACAAGUAUUUAUUUAAAUGUAAGGUUUAGUAUUUUAAACCAAAUAAAUGUAUUAAAUGAUAAAA